GGCCAAGCACCGACGCGGGUCGGUCGAUUUCAUAUCAAAUGAAUGAUAAUAAAUGAUUUUUAACAAAACAGUGCAAAGGAACAACAACAUUAAAUCUACAAUUACAUAAAAAGGAAAAAAAUGGUGCCAGAUCCUGACAAACGACAAGUCAGCUUCCCCAAAUUAAAAUAUCCCUUGUUUCGAGAUGUUCUACCUAAAACUCCCCAGCAAUGGAUAACGGCGAAACAAAUUCAAGAUGGCGCCGAAGGACUAUGGCGGAUUCAUGACGAUAUUUACGAUUUGACUGAUUUUAUUAACUCCCAUCCUGGUGGCUCACAGUGGCUCGAAUUAACUAAGGGAACGGAUAUUACAGAAGCCUUUGAAACACACCACAUAAAUAGCGGAGUAGCUGAAGCGUUGUUGCCAAAAUAUUUUAUUAAGAAAGCAGACACUGCAAGGAAUUCACCUUUUACUUUCAAAGAAGAUGGAUUUUAUAAGACUUUGAAAAUGAAAGUAGCUAAUAAACUUAAAACCUUACCAAAGGACAUUAGAAAGAAAAGUGAUAAUGUUACCGAUAUCCUUUUAAUAUGUUUUUUGAUUUCUAGUCCACUUUGUUGCUGGCUAUGGACACAAAAUUUAAUAUACGGAGCCGCUUCUACACUGAUUCUAGGCGCAUUAUUAAGUUCUCUUACUGUUUCCGCUCACAACUAUUUCCACAGAGCAGAUAGUUGGCGAAUGUACCUUUACAACAUUAGUGGAUUUUCAUACGCUGAGUGGCGUAUAUCACACGCGAUGUCGCACCAUCUCCAUACAAACACUGCCAAUGAUCUUGAAUUGAGUAUGUUAGAACCAUUUUUACAAUAUUUACCAAGACCAGACAAACCUAUAUUUGCACAAAUGGGAGCAUUUUUUUUUCCUGUUAUAUUUUUAUUUUCGUCUUUAGGGUGUAUGGUGAAAGAGAUAGCAUGUGGCGUGUUACAAAUUGAUGGUAAAAAAUUAUCGUGGGAAAAUGCGAUUCCAUUUGUAAUACCGUUAUGGAUGUGGUGGAUCAGUGGACUAUACCUUCCGUGGACUAUUAUCGUUUGGCUAGCAAGUAUCAUGACGUGCAGUUUGAUUUUUAUGAUUGUUGGACUAACUGCUGGACAUCAUGCUCAUACUAACUUCUUCGAAGGAGAUGUGCCUAGGGAGGAGUUUAUUGAUUGGGGCAUUCAUCAACUGGAUACGAUAGUUGAGAGGAUGGACUAUGCGGGCGACCACUUUAAAGUACUCACUCGCUUUGGUGACCAUGGGCUACAUCACCUAUUUCCAACACUAGACCACGCAGAACUAAAAUAUCUAUACCCAACUUUAUUGGAACAUUGCGAGAAAUUUGAAACACAACUUCGUAUGACUACGUUCUAUGAUGCCUUAAUAAGUCACAGCAAGCAAUUAAUUAGAAAAAGACUACUGAAUUUUAAAGAGAAAAAUCAACUAAAGUAAAUGAUAUUGUUUAUGAAUAUUAUUUAACGAGAUAAUGAAGAAAUUAUUCUUCUUCAAAGUUUUACUUCUGUCACUGGACUAUACAGGGUUAGUUAUUUAUAAGCUUUUACAAGAGAAACUAAGAAACUAUGUCUUUGUACCUAUAAUUACACUGACUCUCUCACCUUUCAAACCAUAACACAACAAUACUUUGUAGUGCUGCUUAGCGAUAGAAUAAAUGAAGAAUGGGUGGACCCAUCCAGACAAGCUAGCACAAAGCCCUAAGUUCAAGAUGUUAUUUAUAAUAUAUAUUUUUAAAUAAGCUAUAUAUAGGUAUAUAUCGGAUACCUGAGAGCCUCGUGCAAGUUUUUUUAUUAAUUCUUUAUAUUUUGUCACUAGACGGAGCUAUUUUCAUACCAUACAAAUCGCAUCCGAUAGUCCGCAAUCGCCUACGAUCCGCUAUCGGAUACGUAAAAAACUCGCACUGGGCACAUUGUUCACUACUUUUACUAGAUUGUAAAACAAAAUAUGAUGUUUGCAAUUUCAUUUUAGUCGUGCAAAUGUUUUUACGAUAUGAUUUUUUUAAUACCAAUGGUAUUUUCGUUAAUUUGAACUUUUAAUAACAUAAAUAUUAAAGGAUAUGUUAAGGAGUGGCAAUCAUAUAAAUACGGAAAAUUUAUAUACGCUCGGGCUAAGAUGAUUGGGAAGUGAUUGAGAAUUUUGUAUUGUAUUGAUAAUGGCUGUGGGUUUAGACUUAAUAAAUUUAUUAAAUGUA